AUGACAGACAGCGAUCCUUUUCUUAUUGUCAAACGACAAGUCGAAGAUGCCUUUGUCAAUGCCAACAAUCUCUUCGCUUCCUGGAAACGAAUUCAGCAGACGGUUUCGUCACCGCGAAAUCAAGAAUUGCUGUGGACAGCUGACGAAUUGGAAUCGUGUCUGGAAGCCAUUGAGCAAGACUUGGACGAUCUUGACGAAGCGUUAGCUGCUGCGGCAGCCAACCCUCAGCAGUUUAACUUGACGGUAUCCGAACUGAAUAACCGCAAAGCUAUUGGAGGCGUUAAGAACUUAAUGAUGCAAGAGCAAGAUAUGCAUUUAGAGAAUAUGUCAGGGACAUUGGUGAAUUUAAAAGAGAUUGCGGGCACCAUGAACCGAGAAAUCGAUGAUCAUGUCGUGCUGCUGGACGAAUUAGGCGAUCAUGUGGAUCGUACGGAAGGGCGUCUCAAAAGAGCUAUGCAUCGCGUAACGGAUGUGUUGAAACGUGAAGAAGGUAAAGCCACUAUACAUCACCCGGGGAAUGUCGUAGAGAGUGUUCUAACUGAAUUUGGUACAGAAAGCAAAUCUGGUUAUUGCAUUUGCUGUUUAAUUAUUGUCCUUAUUAUUUUGUUAGGGCUCGUGAUCCUUAUUUAA